CGGGCAUCCUUGGUCACUUCCUGAUUCCCGCUUCCUGCUUCCCAGAGUUGGGGAUCCAGAGGCACCGCCGGACUCGGUCCCGCUGCCCCGCGCAAGCGGCGCCCACCCGCCCACCGAUGGGAACUGCUAAAGGAAAGCUUCCCAAAGUCCCCCAAGAAGCCACAGAGAGCCUUGGGUUUCUCUAUCACCUAGGAGGGAAGGAGGCAGAAGGGGCAUUGUUUCCACUUUACAGACAUGUCAUUCCGCAAAGUGGUCAGACAGAGCAAGUUCCGGCACGUCUUUGGCCAGCCGCUCAAGAAUGAUCAAUGCUAUGAAGACAUCCGGGUGUCCCGGGUCACCUGGGACAGCACCUUUUGUGCCGUGAACCCCAAAUUCCUGGCAAUCAUCGUGGAGGCCAGUGGUGGGGGGGCCUUCAUGGUGCUGCCCUUGAGCAAGACGGGGCGCAUUGACAAGUCCUACCCCAUGGUAUGUGGGCACACCGGACCCGUCCUUGACAUUGACUGGUGUCCACACAAUGAUGAGGUCAUUGCCAGUGGUUCUGAGGACUGCACAGUCAUGGUCUGGCAGAUCCCAGAGAACGGCCUGGUGGUACCCCUGACAGAACCCGUGGUCGUCCUAGAGGGCCACUCCAAGAGAGUGGGCAUCGUGACCUGGCAUCCGACAGCCCGGAACGUUCUCCUCAGUGCAGGCUGCGAUAAUGUGGUGCUUAUCUGGAACGUGGGCACGGCCGAGGAGCUGUACCGUCUAGAUGACCUGCACCCUGACCUCAUCUACAACAUCAGUUGGAACCGCAAUGGAAGCCUCUUCUGCUCCGCCUGCAAGGACAAGAGCGUGCGCAUCAUUGACCCACGACGCGGCACCCUGGUGGCGGAACGAGAGAAGGCCCACGAAGGAGCCCGGCCCAUGAGGGCCAUUUUCUUGGCUGAUGGCAAAGUGUUUACCACAGGCUUCAGCCGGAUGAGUGAGCGGCAGCUGGCACUCUGGGACCCGGAGAACCUGGAGGAGCCCAUGGCUCUGCAGGAGCUGGACUCAAGCAAUGGGGCCCUGCUUCCCUUCUACGACCCCGAUACCAACGUCAUCUACGUCUGUGGCAAGGGGGACUCGAGCAUCCGCUACUUUGAGAUCACCGCUGAGCCCCCCUAUAUCCACUUCCUGAAUACCUUUACUAGCAAGGAGCCUCAGCGGGGCAUGGGACGCAUGCCCAAGAGAGGCCUGGAUGUGAGCAAGUGUGAGAUCGCCAGGUUCUACAAGCUCCAUGAGCGGAAGUGUGAGCCCAUCAUCAUGACUGUGCCCAGAAAGUCAGACCUGUUUCAGGAUGACCUGUACCCAGACACAGCGGGGCCUGAGGCUGCCCUGGAGGCUGAAGAGUGGGUGAGUGGACGUGAUGCGGAGCCACUGCUCAUCUCCCUCCGUGAAGCCUACGUGCCCAGCAAGCAGAGGGACCUUAAGGUCAGCCGCAAAAACGUCCUCCAUGACAGCCGGGCGACCUCAGCCCCCACACCCACCCGGGCUGCGGCUUCCACACCGGCCUCCACUACCACCCCGGUCAGCGCCCCAAGCAGCAGCAGCAGCAGCAGCAGCAGCAGCCUCCCUGCGGCUGGGCAGGAGUCUGCGAAGCUAGAAGAGGUAACCCGUGAGCUCCGGCUGCUCCGGACACUGGUGAAGGAACAGGGGGAGCGCAUUGCCCGCCUUGAAGAACAGCUGGGCCGCAUGGAGAAUGGCGACGUGUAGUGGCCAUCCCUCCUGCCCUCCCCAGGCUCUGUGGCGAACUCAGCGUGGGCUAGGCCUGGGCUCGCAUGCUGAGAGGCCUCUCCUGGCUAGGCAGCAGGAAGCUCUGGUCUGGACCACUUUUAUACUUGUUACCGAGAAUGAUUUUUUACAUAUAUAUAUAUAUAUAUAUAUAUGUAUGUAUGUAUGUAUGCAUAUACAUAUAUACACACCAGGCAAGACCUUCCCACACCUCCAUAUACAUAUAUAUAUAUAUAUAUAUGUAUGUAUGUAUAUAUACACACCAGGCAAGACCUUCCCACACCUCCAAGAGACCAGCUGUCCCUCUCCCAGCCCCCCGAAGCCCACACUCCUAGGCUCACCCAGACCCAAGUCUCCUGCCCUCGCUCCCCGGUGGAAGUUAUGGGCUGACUCUAUUUUCAUUCCAAAUAAAAACCUCUUUCUAA